AUGUUAUCUGGAGCGGCUUUGAAGGCACAUUUGGGCCUGCUGGGGAUGAUGGGUCACGACGUUGGUUACGACGAGCAGGCGAUCAAGCUGGUCGAUGACGUCAUGAUGAGUCGCAACAUCCCCAACCCCCGCGACAUGCGGCUGCACGACCUGCUGGGGCCCUUUGGCAUGAUCAACUACCGGCUGCUGCUCGCGGCCAAGGUGGUGCAGACGCUGGCUGAUGCAGAGGCGCUGCUGUUCCUGGACAGAACCUUUGAGGAGCUCUUCAACAGAUACCCGGCCAAUGAGGUGGAGGCUCUGGUGCGCAAGGAGCUCAGCGGGCUCAGCACGGGGGCUGUGGUGACGGCCAUGAAGAUGAGGCGCUGGAGCCCCGUGGAGGAGAAGCUGCUGGCCAAGGCGCUGCCCAAGCCCUUCCGCUUCAACGACAUCCUGCGCAACGCAGAGGGCGUCGCCGCCAGCAGCUCGCACCCGGGGGACUGGCGCUUCCGCGACUUUGAUUACGAGUGA